AUGACUGAUGGGAUUCAGAUAUUUGUGCUGUGUCACAGUCUGCUCCAGCUCACCCAGUUGCUGCACAGUGCCUACUUCAAGAGCUGCAUCACCACCAUUGAACGUCGCUUCGGUUUCAACAGCAUGUCUAUGGGCACCGUCUCCUCUCUGCACGAGAUGGGGAACAUGGUGCUGGUGGUGUUUGUCAGUUACUUUGGGAGCCGGGUCAACCGGCCUCGUUUCAUUGGCUUUGGGGGGCUGCUCAUGUCCUGUGCUACUGCCACCUUGGCCCUACCUCACUUCCUGUCCAGGCCCUACCAGUACCACUUUAUGUCAGCUGCCGGUGGGUCAUGGGACACGUGUGUUCCAAGGGAGAAUUCCUCUGCCCCUGAAGUGUGCAGACAGGGGGGCGGUGGGGACCCCUCUGAGGUGCGGACCCAGUGGCUGACCAUGGCAGCUGCCCAGGUGCUGUUUGGCAUUGGCUCGGUGCCCAUCCAGCCCUUUGGCAUCUCCUACAUAGAUGACUUUGCUGAGCCUGGGAAUUCAGCUCUUUACAUUGCCAUCCUUUUCUCCAUCUCUGUGUUUGGGCCAGCCUUUGGGUACCUCCUGGGUUCCAUGAUGCUCCGAAUCUAUGUCGAUGUGGACAAGACAGACAGUCCGUUGGACCUAACUCCGUCUGACCCUCGCUGGGUUGGGGCAUGGUGGAUGGGCCUGCUGGUCUCCUCUGGAUGUCUGGCUCUGGCCUCCAUCCCCUACUUCUUCUUCCCCAGGGUCAAGGUCCCGGCCCAGGCCAAAACUUACACCAUGUGUAGCUGUGUGACCACUCUGUCUGCUGUGCCCGCUGGCGCGGCUGGUAUGGGGAUAGGUAGGGCCCUCCCAGGUUCUUGUACCAAGAGCUGCCCUCACCUCGUCCUGCCUGCCAUUCUCCUCAUCGCCUUCGCUGGCUUCAUUGCCAGCCUCUCCCACAACCCCAUCUAUAUGAUGGUGCUCAGGACAGUCUUUCAAGAGGAGAAAUCUUUUGCAAUUGGAGUCCAGUUCCUGCUGAUAAGAAUGCUAGCCUGGCUGCCAGCCCCUGCUGUGUUUGGGCUGACCAUCGACUACUCCUGUGUCUGGUGGAAGCACGCCUGUGGGAAUAAACAGGGCGCCUGUGGUUACUACGACAACAACAUCCUUCGGAACAGGUACUUUGGGCUGCAGGUGGGUUAUAAGUGCCUGGGGUUGGUGCUGCUAGCUCUGGCAGGCUGGAGAGUACAGCACACACCUUGUCUGAGUAUUGAGAAGGAGCCUGAGGUGCCGGUGUGAGAGGCCAGCACUGACCCUGAGGGGCCACUGGGGAAAGGGUCAAGACCAUUGGUUCCUACGGCUCAAGUUAGAGCACAAUACUGGCAACACUAAGGUUGCAGGUUCAAUUCCCGCAUCGGCCAAUUAAACUGAAUAUGUGUCACUGUUAACGACAGCUGUCUUAGUCGCGUUGGAUAAAAGUGUCUGCUAAAUGUUAUUAUUAUGUAGUAUCAUCAAUGAACGUGUUUUAUUUUGGAAUAUAAUCAAUAUUGACAUAGUUUCUUCCAUUAUUUUAAGGGACUUUUGAUAACCUCACAUGCGACUUUGAUAAAGGAAUGUUUUUGGUUUGCUUAUCAUGAA